AUCCCCUACGCGACCAUGCUGCUGUGUGCGGGUCUACCCCUCUUCUUCUUGGAGCUCGUCAUGGGCCAGUACGUCAGCCUGGGGCCAGCUGCUCUCUUCCCUAAGCUGGCUCCCAUCCUCUCAGGGCUCGGGUGGGCACAGGUGGUGCUCUCUCUGCUGACAGCCGUCUACUACAACCUGAUACUGGCGUGGACGUUGUUCUACGUGGUCUCCUCCUUCGCCUCACGGCUGCCUUGGGGGCACUGUGACAACGAAUUCAACUCUCCAGAGUGCUUUGUGGAGGAUGCUGCCAGAGUAUGCAGGAACCAGUCGCUCUACUACUACAAUAGGUCCUGCCUCAGCACCCAGGAGUACUGCAGCCUGUCCAACCUCACCAACUACAACGAGACUCAUUGCUACAGUCACCAAGUCCCUGGCGAGGUGAGGGCGGUUGAGAGCGUAGUGUACAGGAUAUCCGCCAGCGAGGACUUCUUCAGGAAUCGGAUGCUGGGCGUGACUGGGAGGAGCUGGGAGGACAUGGGAGGCCUUCGCUGGGAGUUGGUAGGCUGUCUGGCUCUGGCUUGGGUUAUCGUUGCCGCCUGCCUGGCCAAGGGUAUCAAGACCACGGGGAAAAUCGUCUACUUCACUACUCUUUUUCCCUAUGUCGUCCUCAUGAUCCUCUUCGUCAGAGGCGUUACCCUUGAUGGAGCAUAUCAGGGGAUAGAGUUCUACUUGCUGAAGCCCAACAUGACUCGCCUGAUGGAGGUGGAAGUGUGGAAUGAUGCUGCCAUACAGAUCUUCUAUUCUCUCGGGGUCUGCUUCGGUUGCCUCAUUACCCUCUCCUCCUACAACAAGUUCAAUAAUAACUGCUUGAGGGAUGCGAUCGUCAUCGCCUUCUCCAACUGCCUGACCUCUGUGUUCACCGGUGUCGUCAUCUUCAGCGUGCUGGGGUUCCUGGCCAAGCAGCUUGGGGUGGAGGUGAAGGAUGUGGCCACCUCGGGCUCCGGCCUGGCCUUCGUCGUGUACCCGGCGGCACUCAACCUCAUGCCCGUCCCACAACUUUGGGCUGUCCUCUUUUUCUUUAUGCUUGCGACCAUUGGGUUCGGCUCACAGUUCACUAUGGUGGAGACAGUGAUAACGUCUCUUGCGGACCAGUUUGAGUGGAUGCGACGGAGGAAGGUGGUCGUGGUGGUGGCGACGUGUGUUGUACUCUUCCUGCUGGGUGGUACCUUGUGCCUGGAGGGCGGAGUCUUCAUGUUCGAGCUCUUCUUCUUUUACUCGACGGGCAUAUCUAUGUUCGUGUUAUGCCUUCUGCAGCUCUUUGGUGUCCACUACAUUUACGGGUUCUCUAAGCUUAUGAAGAACCUGGAGGAGAUGGGCAUGCGGCUGCGACGUCCACUCUACUGGUACUGUACCUCCACCUGGCUGGUCAUCACCCCCGGAACACUCAUAGUGAUUGGUUUCUUCAGUUUGUACCAUUUCCUCCCGGCCUCUUGGGGAGACUACGUCUUCCCCUACAACAUCCAGAUCCUGGGGUGGUUCCUUUGCUUCUCUUCUCUGAUCUGCUUCCCCAUUGGUGCCAUCUAUGUUAUCUGUACCAACACGAAGAGCUUCAGAGAGCUUUUCGUAACGUCACCAGAGUUCUGUCCUAGCGAUGUACGUAAUCUACUCAAGGAGGCGCAGAAGGCGACGAGCAAGGGUCAGCACAACAAAGAAAACGGACAAACUAACUUGGCCAUGAAGAUGAGCUGCGAGGAACUUUAAGAGGAGGGGACGAUGGCUGACAUUCGGUGUUCCUAUUCCAGCACUUGUAGCAGCAGGUGUAACCAUUCUAGCACUUGUAGUAGCAGGUGUAACCAUUCUAGCACUUGUAGUAGCAGGUGUAACCAUUCUAGCACUUGUAGCAGCAGGUGUAACCAUUCCAGCACUUGUAGUAGCAGGUGAAACCAUUCCAGCACUUGUAGUAGCAGGUGUAACCAUUCCAGAUUCCAGCUCUUUAUCAUUCUUAAUUGCUCUCAACUCUUUAAGACAUAACUGUAACAUGCUCGUGUCUGAAGCUAGACACAAAUACAACAAAAUUAUUAAUGAUGGUAACAGAGUCCAUUUCAUGUGGACUCCAUCUCAUG